GUCUCCGCUCGGCAGCUGUUCGUCUAUCGUCGUGCUCAGUUCGGCAUGUUCCGCCUACACCUCGGAUCCUGUCGAUCGUGAAUUAGGGCUGUAUCUCGUCCCCCUCUCGUUCUCUGUGUUGUUGUCCUCGGUGACGCGACGGAGGUGUAGCCUGACGCGGUCUCUUACGUGUCGGACUAAAUAAAAGUGGAGCUCCGGAGGCCUGGGAGUGACGAGGCGAGUCUGUGUCGGGCAAUCUAAAUGACCAUGGAGGCAGGAGCAGAUGUCCAGCAGGGCGGCGACACUGCAGUCUCAGAGACAGACGCUCAGCAGAUUGCCACUUUGGCACAGGUUUCCAUGGCUGCAGCACAGGCAUCAGCCUCUGGGCCCACUGUGACCUUAGUUCAGCUGCCCAAUGGGCAAACGGUGCAAGUUCACGGUGUCAUCCAGGCAGCCCAGCCCUCCGUCAUACAAUCCCCACAGGUGCAAACUGUACAAAUUUCGACCAUUGCUGAGAGUGAUGAUUCACAGGAGUCAGUGGACAGUGUGACAGAUUCCCAGAAAAGAAGAGAGAUCCUGUCUAGACGGCCCUCAUACAGAAAGAUCCUGAACGACCUUUCAUCCGAUGCUCCAGCAGUCCCACGGAUAGAAGAAGAGAAAUCAGAGGAGGAUUCCACUCCAGCCAUAACAACCGUUACUAUGCCAACACCUAUCUACCAGACAAGUAGCGGGCAGUACAUUGCUAUCACUCAGGGUGGGGCGAUCCAGUUAGCCAAUAAUGGAACAGAUGGAGUUCAAGGGCUACAAACCCUGACCAUGACGAACGCAGGCGCUCAGCCCGGCACCACCAUCCUGCAGUAUGCACAGACCAGCGACGGCCAGCAGAUACUGGUGCCCAGCAAUCAAGUGGUUGUACAAGCCUCAGGAGAUGUUCAGGCGUAUCAGAUCCGCACCACAGCUGCUAGCACCAUUGCUCCAGGGGUGGUCAUGGCCUCCUCUCCUGCACUGCCCAGCCAAGGAGGAACUGAGGAGGUCACACGCAAGCGGGAGGUUCGGCUAAUGAAAAACAGGGAGGCAGCACGGGAGUGUCGCAGGAAAAAGAAAGAGUACGUUAAAUGUCUGGAAAACAGAGUGGCUGUGCUGGAGAAUCAGAACAAAACGCUCAUCGAGGAGCUCAAAGCUCUAAAGGACCUUUACUGUCACAAAUCUGAAUAAUGGCCCUCACACAUACAUCCUGAAUGGAUCUCUUCUGGUGCCUCAAGAGACAGAGACUCUGAACGUAACACAGGCACCUGCACAGCAUCUCUGUCUCUUUUUGUUUCUAUUUCUUUUUCUUUUUUAAAUAUUAUCUUAUGUAAAAAAAAAUCUAGUUAUCAGGAAUACAUCGUAAGUUUGUAAGUGUAAACUUUAUUUACUUUUUUCUCUUCAGAAGAAAGAAAAAAAUGAAUUGCAGGGUACAGUUUUGUUAUCAAACAUGUUGCCCUACUUAAAAAGCAUUGCGAACCAUAAAGAGCACCUUUCAGCUGCAACCGUGACAGGGAAUGAAUGUUUGUGUGGGUUUAUCAUGGAAACAGCCCAGGGUGCUGCUUCUGAGACCUGCUCCUGUCACUCUGAGGUUCCCUUUUGAAAGACUUUCCCACACUGCACCAGUUGUUGAUGGCGCUGCCUGCGAGCAUGAUUAAACAGGGAUGGAGUUUCUCACUUUUGCAGCAUGGGUCUUUAAUGAUUGAGAUUAAAUCAGCUGUGCCCUCUCCUCUUGUUUUACUGCUUCUAUUACUAAUACAUAUAUUCAUAUUUUUGUUCUUAUAAAGACACACACACACACACACACACACACACAUAUAUAUAUAUAUAUAUAUAUAUAUAUAUGUGUGUGUGUGUGUGUGUGUGUGUGUGUGUAUGUCUCUGUUAUGACUUGGAUUGGUAUAGAGUGCGCCAUUGUCCACUUUUUCUUAAGCAGUGUUGCUUUUGUUACAAGAUUAAGUGCUAUAAGGAAAAGUCACAUUUGUUAACAAAAAUAGGUGGAUGCUUUCAAACACGUUUGAAAAAGUGUUGUUAAAAAGUAAAUGAAAUAUACUAUGUGAUUUUCAGUGAGCAUUUGAUAGCCCAUAAUCAGAAAAUCAUUUUUUAACUUGCAAGUGUGCUUAUAUUGUAAUAUAUUGGAAUUUCAUCUAUGCCAGACUACAGGUCAUUUUGGUGCCAUCUACACUGAUCAGAGACUAAUUGUGUUGAUUCCCUUAUAAUUUGAUUUUGAUAAACAAAACUGAUCUCUGAUCAGUGGAAAAGUUAGUUUGUUUUUGUUUUCUUUUGUUCCACAUUUCAAGUGAUGAAAAUGCUUUUGUUAUACUCUUCUGUCUUUUGCCAUAACAUGUAGCUGUCCACAACUACAAUGUAAAUGUUAUUUUUAAUGCGGUUUUUGUUUUGUUUUUUUACGUUUCUGUUUUUUUUUU